AUUGACAGUGUUAUUCUAGAUAUAAUUAAGAAAAUAUUGACUAUUUAUUAUUCUUUGAAAUUUCUUCGUAUUCAUUUUCGAGUUGUGACUUCUUUCUUUCAACCUUGUUUAGUUGGUAUUAUAAAUUUAAUGUUCUCAGUGAGGAGAGUUUCAUAAUGUGGUAUUUAACUUCAGACAGCGAUAAAAGGGUAAUAUAUGUUCAAGAAAACAAAAAUAUUAUAGUAGGGAGAAGUUUAGACGGACAAAAUUGUAACUUUGCCAUUCCUGAUGAUCCCUCUAUAAGUAGAAAACAUGCGACUUUAUUCAUUAAAGACGGUUGUUUAUAUGUAAAAGAUGUAGGUUCUAAAUAUGGGACUUUCAUUAACAAUUCCGAAAAAGUUGAACCAGAUCAUGUGAAAAUUUUGAAUUUCAAUGAUAUUAUAAAAUUUGGCAAACUGGGUUGUGUGCGGAAAGCUUGCAAAAUUGAUUUCAUUACAUGUUCUUCCACAUUGAAAGGUGAAAAUUUGCUUAACUUAAAAAACAUCCUUAACAAAUUGGGUGGGAUUCUCAAAAAUGACUGGGAUGACACAUGUAUUUACCUGACAAUGCCAGCUAUUACAUUGACUAUUAAAGUAGUCCUAGCCUUGGUCCAGAAUUCAAAUAUUGUAACUGUUGAUUACUGGAACAAAUGCCUUGAGGCAAUAAGUAAUAAUACUCCACUACCAUACGUCGGUAAUUUUGUUCCACACAUAUUAGAAUCAACUCUUAAUAAAGAAAAUGUUUCAUUUCUUCCUGACAAGAGCAGGUCCACUAUUUUUGCUGGCAAAAAAUUUAUCUUCUUUAGCAGGAGACAGUUAGAGAUGUAUAAGACUGUUUUAACAAAGAGUUCCGCUACACCAAUGCUAUUGAGUGAAACAAAAAUGACCAAAUCUGGUCUCUGUGAAAAUAAUGUGAUAGUUAUUCAGUAUAAUUCGUCAAAUACCAGUCAGGAAACACAGUCACAGAGGGAUCAAAUCAGAGAGAUUAUUGAUUUCCUCAAGAGUAAAGGCAAACGAGUUGUGGCUGAUGCGGAAAUAGGUCUGGCAGUGUUAUACUGUUCCAUAAACAAGUACUGCAAUCCCGACUUCAAUUACUCAUCCGAAGUUAUGAAGCAAGCUCCUAUACAGACUAAAUCCAACAACAUAUUAGCAGUUGAAUCUCAAGAAACUUCACAAAAUAUUUGCAAAAGAGAAAAUAUUUCAAUAGAUGAGAGCUUGACUUCAAAACAAGAUGUAUCGCUCAGUCAAAGUACAGAUAAUGUUAGUAUGAAAAGAAAAUUUAACGAAGACUGUGAUGAUACAAAUGGUCAUAAAAGAAAGCGUUUAAAUUUGAGUUUAACGAAAAAAAGAACUUUAGAAGACACGGAAGUCGAGAAACCUGCUAAAAAAAUAGCUCUUCAAAACAUAGCUGAUGAUGAAGACAUGUUCAAUUUUACAAAAACAGUGCCAGCUGUGACAGAAGAUAAUAAAACAAAGAAAUUAAACUUCUCAAAGCCUUUGAAAAGAAAGCAUUCCGUUGAUGGGGAUGAAGAGGAUUUAUUCAACUUUGUCAAUGAUGAAAAGACCGCUGAUAAAAGCAAUGAUAUUCAAGAACACAAUAGUAAUAGUGUACAAACAAAGCCCGCAGAUGAAAAGAUCAGUCAAAAUCUCGAUAUUAAUGCUAUGAGAGGUUCAAAGUUAGUUGAAUUAGAAAAACUAAACGCUGGUUUAGAUCUUAAAAAAGUUAAGAAGGAAGAUAUAUCAGAAAUCGAUGAAAAACUGAGUAGUGUUGACAUAGGAUGCACAACGCUAAUAGUACGUAAUGAUCUCAUUGUAAAGAGGGAACCAUUACAAGUGAAAUGUUCAGAUAACGGAAUAAAAAAUUUCAAGAAAUUCAAAAAAGUCUGGCCCGUGAAAAUGCAUAUUACCGUCGUUACGAAUUCCGAAAUUUUCUCUACCGACUAUAGCACUUGUAACCCAAGUCAGGUAGCAUCGUAAUUGUUAAUUAUCUUUACAUUUAUUGAAAGUUAUAACAUACUAAAAUAUGUAAAUCAAGAGUUUCAUUUAUAACUUGUAAUAAAAGAGCAUAUAAUUGUAUGAAAA